AUGGAGAAAGAAGGUAGAAGAGAAGAUGGUGUUUCUUCUUAUCUCUGCAUUCCUUUUAGUUUCAUCCACAAAAUCCUGCAAUCUCUCUUGUUUAAGUCUCUCGGCUUAAAAUCGCCUCCUAUAUCAAACGAAGAGGAAGAGACAGAGGUUGUUAAAGUGUCGUCGAGGAAAAUUAUAGUGAAGCAGGAUCCGAGUUCGGGCAAGCCUGGAGGUACCAACAAGUCGCGUGCCUAG